AUGAAUAGGGAUUGGUACAACCUAGAGAAGUCGAAGCGAGUUAAACCUUUCCACUGUGGUGAGUUUGAUGACUGCAUCAAGAGGGCGGAAACUUCACAGAGAAUGCCUCCAAAGAAAAGAGAGAAAUAUGCACAUAGGGAAUAUGCUAUCCUUCAUGCGCUUGAGCUUGAGAAGCAAGUGCUGGAAAAGAAAUAUGGGAAACCAGGUGUCCAAUCUAAUAAUACCAAGUUAGUAGGAAAAGACACAACUAUAACUCCAGUAUUAUCACGUGACAGUGGUAAACAUGUGGAUCUGUCUCUUGAUGACAAAAGGAAGGGUCUUUCCUUUCAGUCAAGGAGUCGCCUGAAUGUAGAUGAUGAACCUGUACGUCCUAUUCUUUUCAAGCAUAAACUCUCUUCCUUAGCUGCUUCAAAUGGUUCCCAUAGGAAUGCUUCAGAUGUCCUUACACCAUAA